CUCUCUCUCCGUGUCCCUGCACCUCAUUUUCUCUGUACAUUACCCUACAUUUAGAUCAAAAUCACCAGCUUCGGCUUCUUCCCCACCUCACUUUUUUGGUUCACAUUUCUCUCGUUUAGGUAGAAAACUGGGAAGGGUUUUGGUUCGAGGCAUCAGAAAGAAGCCCAAAAUCUCUGUUUUUUGCUCCCUCUCUUUGAUUUCCUUCUUUUAACAGGAAAGGGCUGUAGAAGCUUCAAGUUCUGAUUUUGGUCCAUCGAUGGGGACUGUGUCUCCAUCUUCCUUAUGUGCCCAUCAUGAGGAAGAAUCAAGCAUUGAUGAGUUAGUGAUGCAGCAGAACCUACUGUUCUCUGAGAGCCUCAAGGAUUUGAAGAAUCUCAGGUCACAGUUGUAUUCGGCAGCAGAAUAUUUUGAAUUAGCUUACAAUAACCGUAAACAAAAGCAGAUGAUGAUGGACAGUCUGAAAGAUUACACUGUCGAGGCUCUUGUUAGUACUGUAGAUCAUUUGGGCUCUGUGUCGUAUAAGGCGAAUGAUCUUCUCAACGAAAGAGUUGAAGAGGUUUCUGGAACCGAACUUCGAGUUUCUUGUGUUGAACAGAGAAUAAAGACCUGUCAAGAUUACAUUGACCGUGAAGGGCGUUUGCAACAAUCUCCUGUCAUCAAAACUCCCAAGUUUCACAAGCACUGCAUUUUAUCAGUAGGUAGCACAAUGACCGAGUUAGGGACACAUUCAAUACCAAUUUAUCGAGAAUCUAGGCAACCUAAGGCGAAUGGUGAACCACUAGUUCUACAGCCUGUGAUAUCUUCAACAGUUAGGGAAAGGCCACCUUUGUUCAGUAAACCUCCUCCUCAUUCUACUUCCAAAUCCGAAAGGUCGCGCUCUCUAUCACCCUAUCGGAAGGCACGUUCACCAUCCCCGUCCCCAUCAGUUGGGAAUUCUACUGUCAAAGGAAAAAGACCUCUUUCACCAGUAUCACCCGCAAAUCCAUUAUUGCGCACUGCAUCACUCUCAAGUCGAGCAGCUGUCCGAAGUUCAUCAAACUUUGUCCCCUCGUAUUCUGGGGAGAUUCAUUCAGUGUCAUUGCCCUUGUAUAGUGAAAAUAUGAAUGGUAAAGAGGCAGAAAAAAGCUUGAAGAAAAGCAGAGGCUUCCUCAAAUCCUUGCUCACAAGGCGCAGAUCAAGGAACGAUGAGUCAUUGUACAGUUACUUGGAUGAAUAUUAAGAAGCGUAUACGUGAAAAAAAAAAGAGUGCAAAAGCCAAGUAACUUGUUCAACACCUUUUACUUUGUUUUUCAUUUUUCUCCCUCAUAUGGUGUAAAGGAAAUUUAUUUAUAAAAUUGAAAAACUUCUUAUUUGUCUUA